UUCAUGAAAUGUCGAAACUUCCUACGUGUCCGGAAGAUGUGUCAUCAUUAUGUUUGUUUACAUUCACGACGUUCUUACUUCCGGUUUUAUUUUCGAUUCAGAACGAGUCAACUUCCUUUUAGUUGUCGAACUGGCCCAAAAUGACAAAGGGAACAUCCAGUUUUGGUAAGCGCCAUAACAAGACGCACACUCUGUGUCGUCGAUGUGGGCGUCGUGCCUUUCACAUACAGAAGAAGCGAUGUGCAUCCUGCAGCUAUCCCGCAGCUACUAUGAGAAGUUACAACUGGAGUGAGAAGGCCAAGCGCAGGAAGACAACGGGAACCGGUCGCAUGAGUUAUCUUAAAAAGGUUCACAGGCGCUUUAGGAAUGGUUUCCGUGAGGGCACUCAGCCAAAGCCCAGACGAUCAGGGGCUGCAGCUCCAUCAACAGCAGUAGCGAAAUAAGUUCUUCUGUGUAUAAACUAUUAAAAGAGAAAAAGAA